AUGGAUUCUCCUACGAGCCCCGCCCAAUUUCCCAGCUCGGUCCACGCCGAUUCGAUUGUCUCAUCGUUGCUUUCGUUUCCAGAUUCCUCUCCGAUCUCCAACGCCUUCUCCUUCGAUGGAGAGCUCGAAAAAGCUCUUGCAUCUGCUUCCGAUGAUGUCUUUGUUCAGGACUCUCUCCUAAACCGAACUACUCAACUCGCAUCUCUUCUUAUAGACUCCACUAAGCGAUGCUUCCUCAAGAGAGCUUCUGCUCACAAUUCCAACUCCUGGUUUCUCCCUACCGAACUCACCAUCAAGAUCUUUUCGAAGCUUGAUACAAAGUCUCAAAUGCAAGCGGCUGCAUGCUGCACCAUGUUCAACAAAUGUGCAAUGGAUCGUUUAUCUUACGCCCACAUCGAUUUGACUACAGCUACUAAACAAGCUGAUAAUGCAGAAGUUGUGUGUACUAUGAUCCAACGUGCUGGAAAAGAACUAAGGUCCCUCAAGCUUGGCCGUGUUACUGGCCUAGAUGGAUUUGAUUGUAAACCAUAUUUGCUUAAUGGACCUUUUAUUUCCUUACUAUCCUAUAAUCAUGGUUUUCUUGGGACUCGCCUGAGAAGCCUACGGCUUUACAAUAUCAUAGCGAUUGACUGCAAUAUCUUAAUCAAGGUGUUUUCGGUUUGUCCGAAUCUCACUGAUCUCAGGAUUGUUGGACUCAAUUGUCAAUUUAUGCAUCUAUUUAUGACCCUGGCAAAAAACUGUCAUCUGAUAGAGCACCUGUGCGUAGGGACCUAUAACCCCAUAGGUAGAAGGGACGCGUCAACAGGUUCACACUUGAUAAAGUUUGUGACCAAGUCCCCCAACUUAAUUUCUCUAACACUCAUAGGCUUUCACCUAACCAAUGAAGUAGUCCGGAAUCUUGUUGAGAGUUGCCGGAAACUGAAGUACUUAAAUUUGUCCAGAUCACUUAAAAUCAAUGGUCAUUUUCUGAGGGAUUUGGGAAAUAGCUGCAAAGAGAGCCCACUCAAGACUCUAAUAAUGCGCAACUGCCAAAAACUAAAGGAGAAAGAAGUCUUGGAACUCUGUAACUCGUUACUCAAAGGAAACUUCAAAUGCAUUCGGCACAUUGAUGUUUCAAGCAACAGCGGCUUAGUUUCUGAUGAUGGCGUGAGAUCUUACAAACCAAAGUUUCCUUUGGAGAAGCUGAAAGAAGAAAGACCAGAUGUGACACUUGUGGCGGAUUUUCCAUUAGAAAGGUCAGGGAAGCGUUAUCAUGUAUGGGGUGAAGUGGAUGACGAAGAGCUGAGGAAGGUAGAGAUGAUGGAAGCCAAGAACGAUGAAGAGGAUGAUGAUGAUGAUGAUGAAGAAUUUGAUGAUGAUGAUGACGUUUAG